AUGCCUGCCCAAGUAAUGGCUGUAAGCGGCGGUGCCGCCCAAGACUUACCGGCGAGGCUCACCGGACAAGUCAUUAUUUGCACAAUCAUCGCCGCCUUCGGUGGCCUCAUGUUUGGUUACGAUAUCGGCAUUUCAGGAGGAGUAACAUCGAUGGAUGUGUUCUUAAAGAAGUUUUUUCCGGGGGUUUACGUGAAAAAGCAUCACGCGAAAGAAGAUAACUACUGCAAAUUCGACGAUCAGUAUCUCCAGCUCUUCACAUCUUCUCUGUAUCUUGCUGCGGUGGUUAGUAGCUUUUUUGCAUCCAAAUGUUGUACGAAAUUUGGGCGGAGAAUCACGAUACAACUGGCGUCUUUGAACUUUUUGACCGGUGUAGUUCUCAACGCCUGCGCCAUGAACAUCUCCAUGCUCAUCAUCGGAAGGCUUUUUCUCGGUUUCGGUAUCGGAUUCGGUAACCAGGCUGUGCCAUUAUUCAUAUCAGAGAUUGCGCCAGUAAAGUACCGAGGGGGGCUCAACGUCUGCUUCCAAAUGCUGGUCACGGUUGGAAUCCUAUGUGCAAACGUGAUCAACUAUUUCACGGCGAGUCACCCAUGGGGCUGGAGGAUUUCUUUAGGUGGUGCAGCCGUCCCGGCUCUUUUUCUCGCACUCGGGUCCCUAAUAAUUGUCGAAACACCCACAAGCCUGAUCGAGCGUGGACAGGCAGAAAAAGGGUACGCAACUCUCCAAAAGAUUCGUGGGGUCCGUGAUGUGCAAAAAGAAUACGAUGAAAUCGCAUACGCAACCGAAUUAUCGAAACAGAUCAAACACCCGUUUAAGAACCUCUUGAAGCGAUCAAGCCGGCCUCAGGUCGUCUGUAGCAUGAUCCUUCAAGUUUUCCAACAGUUUACGGGAAUCAACGUGAUCAUGUUUUACGCACCCGUAUUGUUUCAAACAAUGGGGUUUGGAAGCGACGCUUCGCUAUUAUCAGCUGUCGUGACCGGGAGCGUUAAUUCGUUAGCUACAUUGGUAGCGGUUUUCGGAGUCGAUAAGCUUGGAAGAAGACUUUUGCUUAUUGAAGCUGCCAUUCAAAUGCUUAUUGCUCAGGUGAUUACGGGGGUAAUCUUGCUUUUGUACUUGAAAUCGACCAACGAGUUACCGAAGAAAUAUGCUUACGUGGUGCUUUUCUUGAUAUGCUUUUUCGUGUCGGGAUUCGCAUGGUCGUGGGGCCCACUCGGAUGGCUGAUCCCCAGUGAGAUAUUUCCGUUGGAGAUCAGAACGUCGGGUUUCUUCUGCGCCGUGAGCAUGAACAUGAUCUUCACCUUCAUAAUCGCUCAAGCUUUUCUGACGAUGCUGUGCCAUAUGCGUGCGGGGAUCUUCUUCUUCUUCUCCGUAUGGAUCGUGAUCAUGGGGAUUUACGCCUACUCGUUCUUGCCGGAAACAAAAGGGAUUCCGAUCGACGAAAUGAACGAGAAAGCAUGGAAGAAGCAUUGGUUUUGGAAGAGAUACUUCAGCCAAGAACGUGAUCAAAUCCCCGACAAGGCUUGAUGUCUUAGGGAAAACAAGACAUGGGUUUUUAGGUUAUGUUUAAUUCUAGUAUUAAUUCUUUUCGAUUUGUUUUCAG